AUGUCCUCAUUUUUAUUUCUGAUUUUAGUAAUUUCAGUCUUCUCUCUAUGUUUCUUAGCCAAUAUAGCUAAAGGUUUGUCCAUCUCAUUAAUCUUUUUGAAGAAUCAAUCUUUGGCUUCAUUGAUUUUCUCUAUUGUUUUUCUUUUCUCUAUUUCAUUUAUCUCUGCUCUAAUCUUUAAUUUCCUUCCUUCUGCUAGCUUUGGGUUUACCUUAUUCUUCUUUGUCCAGUUCCUUGAGUUGUAA